CGCGGCGUCCCCCGAGCGGGAGGGCGGAGCGGCCGCAGACUGCGGGAGCAGCAUGUGGACGCUCGGGCGCCGCGCCGCCGCCUGCCUCCUGCCCCGCGCGGCGCCCCCGGGCUCGGCCCGGGCCGGCGCGGGGCCCCCAGGGCCGACGAGGGACGCCGCGCUCCACGGCCGCCGGGGUCUGCGAGCCGGGACCGCAGCAACCCGCGCACCCAGCCGCGCGACUUGGAGCACCCACCGCCUCAAUCAGAUUGUGAAUGUCAAAAAGAAGAGUGUCUGUUUGAUGAACUUGAGGACAGCGGGAACUCUGGGCGACCCUCGCUCUCUGGAUGACACCACCUAUGAAAGGCUGGCCGAGAAGACGUUGGACUCCUUAGCAGAGUUUUUUGAAGACCUUGCAGACAAACCUUACACACUGGAAGACUAUGAUGUCUCGUUUGGGAGUGGUGUUUUAACAGUUAAACUGGGUGGAGAUCUAGGAACCUACGUGAUCAACAAGCAGACCCCAAACAAGCAGAUCUGGCUGUCUUCACCAUCCAGCGGCCCGAAGCGCUAUGACUGGACCGGGGAGAACUGGGUGUACGCCCACGACGGCGUGUCCCUGCAUGAGCUGCUGGCCACCGAGCUGACGAGAGCCUUAAAAACUAAGUUGGACUUGUCGUCUCUGGCCUAUUCCGGGAAAGACACCUGACGCCCAGCCCAGUUCCAAAGGCAUUAGAAGCUCUGACGGCAACACCCCAGCUCCGUCCUGCCGCUGAGUGUCUGGUGUGUUCCCAUUCCCGCCUUUGAGGACCCCUGCAUUGCCGGUAACUGCGCAGUAAAAAGAAUGCGUGGCCUCCCACCCUCCCCCAAGUUCAGGUUUUAAUUUACAUAGUGUGUGUGUGUGUGUGUGUGUGUGUGUGUGCGCGCGCGUGUGUUGGAUUUAUUGUCCGAUUUCCUCCCUCACAGAAUUGUGCUUCUCUUUCAUAAUUGUCCGUAUGCUCCUACAUUUUAUAUAACGUUACAACCAAGAAAACUCAGGGGAAACUGCUGGGGGGGGGGGGCGGGGGGGGAGGAAAGUAACUUGAUUUCACAGUUCAUUCCCUGAAGGACUAAAUGUAAAAAGCCACGUGAACAGUGACUGGCCGGCCUCACCUUUCUGUCCCCAAUAAGCCUCAUUAAAGAGUUGCCUCUAAA